GGCCCUACAUUAGGCUUAGAAAUCUCAACCCUAGCCCAUCCUGGCUUAGGGCGGGCUCGAGCUCGGCGGGCUCGUUUUGGUGUUGAUACCCAUCAACGGUCAACGGAUUUGUUUAUAGGGUCGAAACCCUUAUUUUGCUCAGCUCGAGAAUUUUCUCACUUGAAGCCUAAACAAGCGCUAGGACUUUUAUUACGCUCUCGGCUCUCCAUGUCUGGGGGUCAUCUUUCCGGUGCUCGUUUUCCAGUGCCCCAUAAGCAGCUCUCUUUAGAUAUCAAGGGAAACAAUACGGAUGUGGUAAUAUGCAGCUACGAUGAUCAUUUUCUUGUUAUGGUAACACAGAUAGGAACUAUGGGAACAAUACUGCAUGCCAGGAAGGAGGAAGGGGUAUCAAUCCAUCCAACCUUCAGUGUAUCUGUAAUUUUUGGAAAGCGAGAUGAGCCAAUGCUAGAGGCAUGUGCACACCAGCUGAUUGAAAAUAUAAGUAGCUCUGGUUCUUCCAAGCCAUUGGUCUUAUCUCUUGGCCUUAAAGAUCACUCUGUGGAGACACUGAAGGGCAUUGUUUCUGCUGUUACUGAGAGUCGCCUUUGGUAACUUAAUAAAACCAUAGUCUUGAGGUCUUUCUAUGAGAAGCCAUUGAUUCCAUGUUGUUUCCUUUAUCACUCUGGUGAUUCUAUAUCCUUCCUUGAAUGAAAUCUUCAAGCUUCUAACCAGCAAUGUCAAUCAUAUAGUGAAGCCCCCCUACCCUACCCCAAAAGAUAACCCAAAAGUUAAAGGAAUAGCUGAUUAGAUCAUAUAUACAAUGACAACAUAGGCUUUUAAAGGUGAAGCCUAAGCAUCGAUGAACUGUGUUUUGAUCCAUUGUAUUUUGAACUGCUUGGUAUUAUGAACUGUAUUUUGAUCCAUUGUAUGCCUAAGCAUCGAUGAAUUUGGUGUUUUGAUUUGCAUAUUUCUAUGAUAAUGGCUUUGAGUUUGAGGCA